AUGAAGAGGCUGCGUGUUGUCCUGGUGUGCCUCAUUGUAGCUCUCCUGUGCUGGAACCCCAGUCAUCAUGUGUAUUGUUCGGAGCAGAUCGUGUCUGGCUCGGGUCAGUCUGCUGGGAACACAGACCCGGACGCCCAAGAAAAGGAUCAGGAGUUCACACAACAGAAGGUGGAAGAUGAAAGGACAAUACACACAUCAUAUGAAGUGGGACUGGAGAUGGAGAGAGCAGCACUAGAGGCGCCAUCAGAACAUGAACAAACCCCGAGCGAGAAUGUGAAUAUUGGAGUAGAGUUGGAGGAGGCCAAGUCUGAACCAGAGGUAGACCCUCAACCUAUCGCUGCUGACCAUGAACCUGUACCAGACCCCCAGAACAAUCCAGCUCCAGGGUCUGUGGUCCAGGAAGAGCCUGAGGAGGUCCCGGCACCCCCCACUGCAGAUCCAGGCCUGGUUCCUGUCCACGUGCUCCCAGAAGCUCCUGCAUCAGAGAGUGACGGUGACAGUGAGCUCAAAGACCUCCCUGGCCCGGACACGCCCCUGAGCACCCCCCAGAGCCCACCCCCACAUGAAGCUGAAAACACUGCUACCUCAGAGACCAUCAGCCCGCCUCCACCUGCCAGUGCAGAGCGGGUUGCCAGUGAAGGAGAUGAUCUCCCAGUAGACAGCUUUGUGUUUGCAGAUCUCUCUGAAUCACAGUGCAAGGUCAUUGCCCCCAAACUGGCAACCUGUGAAAACCUCCCUUUUGGCAGCCCUACCCUCAGUGUUGAUGAAGCUGGAUUAGAAGACGACCAUGAGCAGACGUCGGAGACCGAAUCUGAGCUGCCGCCUGCUCCACAGCCAGAGGAGGCAGAACCACAGCUGGAGUCCUCCACAGACAUCCCAGACCACAAGCUGGAGGCCAACACAUCACAACCCGCCACACAACAGAAGGUUGGAGAUGCCAGUGUUGCCAAGGAAACGGAUCCCUCUGUGCCCACCAAAGAAGACAUCCCGACAUUUGACGAGUGGAAGAAACAGGUCAUGGAAGUAGAGAAGGAAAAAAGUCAGUCUCUUCAUACAUCGACCAGUAGCGGUUCUCACCCAGUGAAGAAAGUGCAAAGCAAAUUUAAGAAUAAUUAUGCCUCUGUGGAGUGUGGUGCCAAGAUCCUUUCUGCAAACAUUGAGGCCAAGAGCACUUCAGCUAUUCUCAAAGAGAAUAUGGAUCUGUACAUGCUUAACCCCUGCAGCACUAAAAUAUGGUUUGUGAUUGAGCUCUGUGAGCCCAUUCAAGUCAAACAACUGGACAUCGCCAACUUUGAGCUUUUUUCCUCGACCCCUAAAGACUUCCUGGUUUCCCUCAGUGACCGAUAUCCUACCAACAAGUGGGUGAAGCUCGGCACUUUCCACGCUCACGACAAGCGCACAGUCCAGAGUUUCCCUUUAGAUGAGCAACUUUAUGCAAAAUAUGUGAAGAUGUUCAUCAAGUACAUAAAGGUGGAACUUCUCUCUCAUUUUGGAUCUGAACACUUCUGCCCUCUCAGCCUCUUUCGGGUAUUUGGUACCAGCAUGGUGGAGGAGUAUGAAGAGAUUGCUGAUUCACAGGACCUAUCUGAAAGAGUAGAUUUUCCAGAUGAAGACUAUGAUUAUCCUCCAGGCUAUCAACCAUCAGAGGACAAAGACUCUAAGAAUCUUUUGGGAUCAGCUACCAAUGCCAUUUUAAACAUGGUGAACAACAUUGCUGCUAACGUGCUGGGUGGAGGACCAGAGAUGGAGGGUGGAGCAGAAAAGGGUAAUGCUUCGAUUGAGACACUGGCUGAAGCUGAUAGUAAAGAAGAUGCCUCUCAACCAAUUGAAAGCAUCCAACCCUCUGCAAUUGUGUAUCCUGAACACUCUGACCACGCCGAGGAAGAGGCGACUCAGUCCUCCACUCCCCCGCUGGCCCCUCCAGAGCCCACGGAGGAGAGGCAGAUCGUAACUCUCGUGGAGGAAGAGGAGGAGGAGGAGGAGGAAGAGCCACAGAGAUCCACCGUGACGCUGAUGGAGGAGGAGACUGAGGAAGAGGAGGAGGCGAGGAAGGAGCAGGGCAGGAAGGAAGCUGAUCGCAACCAGUGGGAGAGCCAGGCCUACUGUCCCUUCUCCUCCUUCACCUCCCUCUCUCUGUCGUGUAUGGCCACGCUGCCAGAGCUGCUGCACCGCUGGUGUUCGGCCCGAAUGGCAAAAGAGAGACUCCGCAGCGUGCGCCGACGAAACCACGCGCAAACUCCCAGCUCUUCUUCCCUCGGAAACACCCCCGCCAUCGCCCCCUCCCCCAGCCCUUCGCAAGAGAUCCUCCCGGUCACCGAUAUCAUCCCAGAGCCGGAGAUACAAGAAAGCAGAGGUGCGAACGACGGGCUGGCGGCGGAAACCAACGGCACGCUCACCUCAGAUCUCAACCUCCUCCUCGAACCCAGUCAGACCUCUUCCAUUCCGCCGCACAGUUUUUCAGACAGUCACGGCCAAAACUCACGCCCCACCCCCACCAACGAGGAUAAGCUGCUACCGCCGGUCAAGGACUCCGCAAUGGAUUCUCUCCCCACCGCCCCCCUCCAGGCUGCGUCCAUCCCAGAGACGCAGCAGCAGGCCAGCAGAGCCACCCCAACUCCCGUUCUCAACUCCACGCCUCUUUCGGUGUCAUCAGCACCGCCCUUGUCGGCUUUCGUGCCUUCGGUGAAAGAGCAGCCGGUGCAGCCUUUGCCCACUGCGUCACACCCCGAGGACAUGAUCGCUCCUCCCACUGAACUACCCGCUCCCGCUCUCACGGCAGACCCAGACGCAGACACCACAGACCAGUCCUCUCAGAGCCAAGGGGAGCACCCAGACUCGAUGCAUUUAGAAGGACAUCACGGCGAACAAGCAGCCGAGGAUGAGUUGCUGAGUGGAAACGGCCACCGGACUGCCACCGACUUCUACGCAGAGUUGCAGAACGGAGGCGAUUAUAACGGUGGGACGGUGAGCGGAACUGGAGGAGCGGUUCACGGUACCAGUCAAAAAGAAAGCGUCUUUAUGAGGCUCAAUAACCGCAUCAAAGCUCUGGAGAUGAACAUGAGUUUAUCCAGCAGAUACUUGGAGGAGCUCAGUCAAAGAUAUCGUAAACAGAUGGAAGAAAUGCAAAGAGCUUUCAAUAAGACUAUCAUCAAACUGCAGAACACUUCACGUAUAGCAGAAGAGCAGGAUCAGAAGCAGACUGAGUCUAUCCAGAUUCUGCAGAACCAACUAGAAAAUGUGACUAAACUCAUGCUCAACCUGACGACCACUGUCAGUCUUCUGCAGAGAGAGGUGUCAGACCGACAGAGUUACCUGGUGGUGUCUCUGGUUCUGUGUUUGUUUCUGGGGCUUCUGUUGUGUCUGCAGUGCUGCAGAGGCUCUUCUCCAAACCCCAACAGCAGCACUGUGGACAGGCCCAAGAGCAACCACUACCCCAGCCCCAAGAGGUGCUUUUCCUCCUAUGAUGACAUGAGUAUAAAACGGAGAGUGACUUGUCCACUUGUCCGAUCAAAGUCGUUUCACUUAUCCACAACAGAAGUAGGUCCAGAUGACUUGUACAUAGUUGAACCUCUAAGGUUUUCUCCAGAGAAAAAGAAAAAGCGAAACAAGACCAAGUCUUUGGACAAAGUGGAGACACUAAAUGCAGAUCCUCCUGUCCCUCUGACUAAUGGAAUUAUUAGCUGUAAUGGCUUUCAACCAGCUCUACCUGCCCCUGUGGCGCCUCCUGCUCUUCCUGCGCCGCCCCCUCCCCCUCUGGCACUGCCCCCCUCAAUGGAGGAGGUCCUGUUACUGCCCCUGUGUCCCACCACUGAGAGCCCGUCUGAGAGCAGCAGCUGCAGCUCGUCCCAGUCAGGCGAGUCCUACACCAGUCGUCUGCCCCCUCCCUCCCCUGUGCUGCCCCCUAAUGGCCUCUGUAAUGGCCACAGCCUUCCCUUCUCCCUUCAGCAGCCCCUUAAGACUCGGCAGGAGAAGCGCUCAUUGAAAAGGCAAAAAUCCAAGCAAACUGAGCUUCCUUUUCCAUCAUCACUGCCCCGUCUGCAGACUCUCAUGAAAGGAAACAAGGACAUUAGUGUCGGGACCAUCGGAGUAGCGGCUGUCACAGGACGUGUCUGA